AUGCAUGCAGCAGACGCCCAGGGACUGGGCGUAACCCUAGCCCGGGAGAUGCAAUCCCCGCCGUCCCCCAAAUCCAUCAUGUGGCUCCUCCGCCAGAAGUCCAUGAAGCGUGCCAAAGUCUACGACGCCUUCUACGACCGGGACCUCCUCACCGCCCUCCAGGACACCGGCGUCGACGUCCUCGUCGGCAUGAGCAACGCCGACGUCGGCCGCGUCGCCGCCGACGAUUCGUCCAACGAGGCCGCCAAGUGGUUGGAGUCCAACAUCAAGCCGUUCUACGGCCGGGUGAGCUUCCGGUGCCUCCAGCUCGGGUCGAAGAUGGCGCUGCAGGGGAACCACGAGAUCUCGACGCUGCUCCAGGCCAUGGUUCACGUCCAGGCCGCGCAGAAGAGGCUCGGCCUCGAUAUCUCGCUGGGGAUUGAUUUGGAUAAUGCGGCGCUGGCGGAGUCUUUCCCGCCGUCGGCGGCGGCGUUCGACGGGGCUAUAUUGCCGGUGCUGAGGCCGUUGUACGUGACAGACCCAUACUACGAGUACAAGGGCAUGAACAUCGACUACGCGCUCCUCAACGGCGACUCGCCGGCGGUGACGGACAACGGCCUCCAGUACACCAACAUGAUGGACGGCCUGUUGGACGCCUUCUACACGUCCCUCAGCAAGCUCGGGAUCACGAUGCGGGUGAUCGUCGGCGAGACCGGUUGGGCGUCGGGCUCCACCGUCAAAUACGCCACCCCGAAGCUGGCCGGCGAGUACAUCUACAACCUGGCGGAGCGGCUGAGGAACAACGUCGGGACGCCGCUGAAGCCCAACUGGCCGGUGGAGACUUUCAUCCACACGCUCUACGUCCAGGACAAGAACAACAACGGGAUGUACAAGUGGUACGGAAUGUUUUAUCCCAAUGGGUCGCCGGCGAAUCCUUUCCUCAACCUUUGAUAACAAAGAGGAAAGAGAGAGAGAGGGCUUAAAUUAGGGUAUUGUAUUUUUUUUUUUUAAUCAGGCGAAUUCGAGCUGGAUUGAAUAGGGUUAUGGUUUUGUUAAUCACUCUGCACUCACUUUAACUUUUAAAGUGGGAAAACACAUACUUUUUUCGGACUAAUACUAUCAAUUAUUGUGUGUUGCAUGCCUAAUAUCCAUUACAUUUAUUCUGAUUUGCUACAUUUUCCCCAAUUUGCAUUGAAUUCAAUGUAAUUUUUUUAUGGGAAUUCAAUGUAAAUUUAGGUAACCGGCUUAAUUGACUAAUUAGGGA